AUGGAGAGUUGUGGAAGAAUACAGUCUGGCGCGCACGUGGCGCGUGCUGAGGGAGAGCUGGUCUAUCAUGCCCUAGGGACUGGGGAGUAUGACGAGCUCACAUUAGCUGAGACGCUCCGAUUCAUCGGCACGGCGUUCCAUGAUGUCCUCAGAAAGACACCCAGCGAAGCCGUGCUCCUGGACAACUACACUCGAGUCUGCAUCAUCCUCAGUGAGAUUAUCAACGAGGGUAUAUUGGAGAUCACUGACAGGGCAACGCUGCUGCGAGCGCUGAAAAUUAAGGGCUUUGAUUGAGGGCAUCAUGGCCCAGGCAGAAAGGGGAGGAUCUUCAGACAGGCAGAUUCUGCGUCACAGAAUACACAAUGGUGCCUUGGAUGGUGCUCAAAAUGCCAUAUGCCACUGGCAGCCUGCUUUUGGCAGCCUCCCACUGAGUGGCUAGCUGUUUCUGAGGGACCUGCACAUGCUACCUAGGUCUUUGGCCUUUGUGGGCACUCCUCAAGCUUGCUCGCAGCUGCUUUUGCUAGUCUUGUCCCGCGGCAGUUGCAGCUGCAUUCUAUAAGCUACCUUUUCUUCAGUGCCAGACCCAGACUUGGCAACUUUUUGCCAGAAAGUGACCUAGUGGGCCACUUUCUGUGACAGAGUGAGUCCUGGACUAGGUAGGGCCAAUGCAUAACCGUUACGACUCUCCUAUAUCAAUGCCCUAAUCAAUUGCUCUAAGGACAGUGUUGAAAAGACUGCAAUCGUAAAACUCCUUCCGCUGCAAUGACAAUGGCAAGACAGCAACUAUAUGGCAGUUG